AUGGUAUCAUCGGAAUCAUUGACUACGACACCUACGACGACGACUUCGGAAGUGGACUUUAUUGAAGGACAUGUUACUGUAUCAAAGAAUAGAGGUACACCAUUCGACCUCUAUUAUCAACUACAUGGUAAUGGUCCAAACAAAGUAAUAUUAGUAAUGGGAUUCAUGACUGAUUGCACUGCAUGGAGAUUACAAUUGGAAUACUUUAAACAGUUGAGUAAUGAGUAUCAGGUUUGUGUGUUCGAUAAUAGAGGCAUUGGAAAGAGUAGUAAUCCAGCAAGUCAUUAUACAACUAAUGAUAUGGCAAUUGAUACUAAAGAGUUGUUGGAUCAUCUUCAAUGGGAGCGUGUACAUCUCGUCGGUGUAUCCAUGGGUGGUAUGAUCUCAUUAGAGUUUGCUGCAACAUUCCCACAGCGUCUACACUCAAUAGCCCUAUGUGUAACUCACGCCGGAUCAUUGCCACCUAUGAGUGGAAUGAGAAUAAUGUUAAAGACAUUUACUAUUAAGGAUCAUAGAGAACGUGGAAAGGUGUUGAUGCCAGUGUUGUAUUCGCCAGAGUAUCUGCUGACAACUUCGGAUACUGGUCGACCAAUGGAGGAUGUAUUGAUCGAUGAUUAUGUAGAACGUAUGAUUAGUACAAAGAAACCAGAUCCAAGUGUUGUGGUCGGUCAUCUAAAGACAGUGUCCACGCAUCAUGUAUCAUCAAAGAGAUUGGCGGCAAUUAAGAACUCGGCAGUACCAAUACUGAUCAUGUGUGGUGGCGAGGACCAUCUUGUCAAGACAUCAAACUCAUUCUAUCUGCGCGACAAACUCUCACCAGCCGAGUUCAUUCAAUUCGCUCAAUCAGGUCACUGCAUCAACGUUGAGCACACCCAAGAGUUCAACGAAGCCCUUGUCAAGAACUUUGGUCGUGCAGCGGCAGGACUUCUGAAAUAA